AUGGCAAAGAAAGCAGAUAAGUUGGAAGAAGCUGCUAUGUCCGGAGACCUGAACAAGCUGUACGAAGCAAUUAAGGAAGAUGCACACAUUUUGGAGAAGGUGGAUGCAAUACCAUUUGUGGAGACUCCUCUGCAUAUUGCUGCAGCUGCUGGUCAUGUUCACUUUGCAAUCCAGAUUAUGAGAUUGAAACCUUCUUUUGCUUUGAAGCUCAAUCAAGAAGGAUUAAGCCCCGUCCACGUGGCUUUACACAACAAUCAUCACAAUCUGGUGCGUCGCCUCGUACAAAUUAAUGGUAACCUAAUCAGAGUGAAGGAAGGAAGGGAAGGCCUCACCCCUCUUCAUCUUGUGUGCCAAUUUGAUGAUGAUGAUGAAGAAAACUUUACAACUUUACUGGAAUUCCUGGACACUUGUCCGGAUUCUAUUGGAGAUGUGAAUGUGAGAAAUGAGACUGCCUUGCAAGUUGCUUUGAGACGUGAAAACAUCACAGCCUUUCAAGUGCUACUUGGCUGGCUCAUCAGAAACUUCAAAAAAGGUGCUGAAAAUUUAGAACGCUCCGUGAUGAACCAGGUUGAUGAGGAUGGCAACACCAUUUUGCACAUUUCCACACUCAUGGGGAAUACACAGGCAGUUAUAUUAUUGGUAAGGUGUCCCUACAUGAGCUUGAAUUACAAGAAUUCAAUGAAGCAAACAGCACUAGACUUAGCUGAAUCUUCAGAGAUUAAGAGAAUAUUAUGUGAGGCAGGAACAAAACCUGGCGCAUCAAUUGAAUCUCUCAACUACAAAGAAGAAGCGUCAAAGAUGGCUUCACUAGAUCCAAGGUCGCGGUCGAAUUUCCUAAUUCGCCUGAAAUCGAAUAUGUCCGGCGAACGGCGCGACGCAUACCUGGUAGUUAUGGUUCUUGUUAUAACGGCCAUCUAUCAAACGGCUCUGAGCCCGCCAGGUGGACUCUAUCAGGCAGACGCAGACUCCUCCGCUGCCGCCACCACCACCACUUCAUUAUCCCUGAAUUCAACCGUUGUUGCUUUUCUCAAACCACGAAAGAGAGGGGAAUCAGUCUUGCCUGCCUUUGAAUUCAUUCUUAUUCAAAUCCUGAACUCUCUCACACUUUUGUGGACAAUAAUACAGGGUUUCGUUCUGGUGCCAGGAGGGUACAUGGCCUUACAACUCUCGGUCUCUCUCACUUUAUUUGUAGCUAGUUAUAUCAUCUCUAUCCUUUCUAUAUCCCCCACCUUCGCCAUGAAAGUUUUCGCUCUGAUUUGCUUUCUCGCACUCCCAACUGUCUGCGCGCUGGUUAUUGUCGUAAAAGUCUUCGUUUUCAAGGCAAAUUAUGAACUCCAGUUUCAUCGGAAGCUUCGAGACCGUUGGACUUUACUUCGUAUAUUCGAGUUUUAUGCUAUCGAUCUAAUGACUUGACCACAGGGGGCCUGGAGUUCUCUUUCAUUCUAUUAUUGUUAACGCAAUCUGAUUUUUUUUAUCAGUGUUUUCUUUUUUUAAUUUUGAUUUUGUUGUAAUAAGUUAUGGUGGUUAUGUCUUAUACUUUAUUUAAUGGUGCCAGAUAUUUCUCAAA